CCAAAAGCAUCUAACCAUCGCUGAUUUGUUCCUGAUUCCGAUCAGCCACGAUAGGUUGUCCAUUGGACCGCGUAGAACAAAUCAAAUCAUUCGCCCAUUCUUGUCCAUUUUUCACCUUUCUGAAUUAUUAUGGCUACAACCAACUGCUCUAUUACAUGCGACUGCUGUAAGGAAGUAUUUACUUCAAUACAUGACGCGAGAGCGCAUUUAGAUGGUCUUUGGAACCAUGUCAAGUCGUUUGAAAAUAAGCUUUUGGAUCAAAUGACAUCUUCGGAACCAAUUUCUGCCCCAGCACGUAAAAAGCGACGUCGCUUGUAUCUGAAGCCGAAACAAUGCGAUGAAUGUAAACAAAUACUCAAGGGCGAAGACUCUCUGAAGCGACAUGCUCGGACACAUGAUUCUUGGAAUCGGCCCUGUGAUGAAUGUAACGCGACACAUGAGUUCGCAAGUGCAUAUAUCUCACACAAAUGUACUGAUGGAAGGAAGCCUGAUAAGGGCACGGAAAAUACCCGGGAACAAUUUGUGGAAGACCGGUUGCAUCAGCAACAUCAAAAUGAGACCGCAAUAGAGGCCAUCUCUAUCAGGGCAACAGCGACAACCAAGCCAAUUGAGGCGACCGAGGUAGCUGGAGCGAUUGAGAUAAAUAACGGAAGCGUAGAAGGAGUUCCAUAUCAAGAGUCAUUAGAUGCAAACAACUCCCGACAAUCACUAUGGCAAAACGAUUGGGACGCUAUACAAGAUAUAUUGUUUGAUCUGGAAAACUAGCGCUUAUUGUUACUUCUUAGUACCAAAAACUAUUGCGCGACCAUUUUCUAGUCGAUGUCCUAGUACCGGAUCAACGAAGAGGCUGUUGUUUGUUAGAAGACUGCAGCAAGGUGAUAGGUGAUAUCUUACACGCCGCCUUUUCCUGAGUCGAAUUCCUUUCUGCUAAAGCGAUCUGCAUCCUCACGAGAAAGAUGGAAAGCAUGGUCA